AUAUAAUUAAAUUAAGAUUUAUGAGUGACGAUUCUGAAAGUUUGGAUUUCCCUAAUACUCCGUUUUACACCUUUGUAAUUUAUUUUAUUUACUUCUUUAAUUUAGAAUAUUACUGUUGGAUUAACAUUAUCAUUGGCCAAAUUAUGUGCAAACAAAUGUAGAUUAUUCAAACCUGAUUAAGGUACAAAACUUUCUGAAAAUGAUGUUUAAUGUGUCAGUAAUAAAUCUAUUUUAUAAAUAACAGAAAAUUGUGCUGCCACCAUAAAUAAUAAUUACUAAACAUUUACAAGUUCAUUAAAAGAGGCUAUCAAUUUUGAAGAUUCAUUUGGAGUUUUUGAACCAGAAGAAUGAAAUAUUAAAAAACAAUAAUCAAUAUAAAAC